GUUGGGGGUUGGGGGGUGUACAAUGCGUCGUCGCCAUGCGACUCGACCACAAUGACACACUGCAAACAAGAGUCAAACAAUUUGUUAUGUCGCGUACAAACAGUAUUUGAUCUACUACGAAACACAAAAGGAGCGCAAGUCACCACGUGAUUCAAUGAUAUACCUGGGAUGCCCCCGCUCUCCAGUUUCGUUUGUAAUGUUUCAGGAGUCUUCUAACUUGCACGGUAGAAGCGCGUGAAAAUACCUGGGUUUAAAGUGGCAUUCGCUCUUGUAUAAGCAUGGAGAGAGAGAGCGUAAAGGAAAGGACCGCCGGGACCGAUUUGGACAGGGACCAGCAGUUUUGUGAGCUUUGUGGAAAGAUGGAAAACCUGCUUAAAUGUGGACGGUGUCGGAACUCUUUCUACUGUAGUAAAGAACACCAGAAAGCGGACUGGAAGAAGCACAAGCAGUUUUGUAAAGAGGCCGAGAAACCUCAGUGUCAGCCACAGCCCGAAUCAACACAACAGCCCGCACGGACUGCGAAAGGAGGACAAGACUCGCAGCUAAAAAAGAAAAGCACAGAACAACAGAAUAAAACAGCUUCUCAGAGCACCACAAACACUGGGCUUUCAAAUCCGCCUGCAGGUGGCGAAAGAAUUAAAGAUUUUAUCACUUCAGUAACUCGCCCGGGUAGUGUGUCUGACAGCAAGCAGACUGGGGAAGGAAUUAAACUCAGCUCUAAGACCAACGGACAAACGAUGUCCCCCCCGCUAAAACUGGCUAUAGACUAUAUUGUUCCAUGUAUGAAUAAGCAUGGCAUUUGUGUUGUUGACAAUUUUCUUGGAGAAGAGACUGGACUGAGUAUUUUGGAGGAUGUGAGAGCCCUCCACAAGACUGGUAAAUUUACUGAUGGGCAGUUGGUGAGUCAAAGAAGUGACUCCACUAAAGAUAUACGAGGAGACAAAAUAACCUGGACUGAAGGAAGAGAACCUGGUUGUGAGAAGAUAGCCUUUCUCAUGAGCCGCAUGGAUGACAUGGUCCGACACUGUAAUGGUAAACUGGGAAACUACAGAAUAAAUGGAAGGACGAAAGCCAUGGUGGCCUGUUACCCAGGCAACGGGACUGGGUAUGUACGUCACGUGGAUAACCCGAACGGCGAUGGGAGAUGUGUAACGUGUAUUUACUAUCUCAAUAAAGACUGGGAGGCUAAGAAACACGGAGGAAUCCUGAGGAUUUUCCCAGAGGCCAAGGCGCAAUUCGUCGACAUCGAACCCAAGUUCGACCGCCUGCUCUUCUUCUGGUCGGACCGGCGGAACCCCCAUGAGGUGCAGCCGGCAUACCACACCAGGUAUGCCAUAACAGUGUGGUAUUUUGAUGCCGAUGAACGAGCUCGGGCCAAGGAGAAAUAUCUAACAAGUAAGAUGGAGUCCUGGGCACGUAUUCAUAAUCUCAAAGUGCAGGAGAAAAGGGAGUAAACGUAGAAUUGAACAAGCCGUCAGAUCUGAGCUAAUAUGAGAGAAGCGUCCUGCCAUCACCUGCUGCUGCUGUGGACAGAUGGGGAAAGAGGGAUGGAUGGCGGGAUAGAGGGAAGGAAAAAGGAUGGUGGGAUGAAGAGGAGAGACGAAAGAAAACAUCUUGGAUUAGUCCGCUUUCUUUAAACUUUAAUAUUCAAAGUUGACACACACAGACCCUGAAUGUGAUGUCAUUGCACUGCAAGGAAUCAUCAUUAUUUGCCAAGUUUCUGUUUUUGCUUGUUGCUUUGAUUUUUGGGCUUUAUUAUGUGAAGAAUGCCGGUGUAAAAAUGAGCUAUGGAGAAAAAUAAUAUGUAUUAAGUGAACCGAAUGCCAAACAAAUAUUGUUGUGAAUUUUGGGGUGCUGAAAGAAGUGUACCCAUAUGUCAGACGGGUUGUCAUGGUCUCCAUCGGAUGGAUCUCUCACUGUUAUAAAAAAAAGGUACAAAAGACUGUGCGUGAUGUUCCUAGACAGGAGGUUGCGGCGCACUAUAGGGCUGACUCAAACCAUACUGCGCUAAUUUGGAUACUUUCUUUUCACAUGAUCCUUUGCAUCACGAUUCUAGUAAAUGAGGAUGAUGAGUAACCACGCCAGACCAGUACAACUAGUAUUGGGCCGGUUUGGCUUAGUUGAGUGAAAAGGCUAUUAAUAGCUUGAGCUGCACUUAGUCGAAUAAGAUAGAAGAUUUCACAUUUUUUGCAAACUGCGGUAGUGAUUUUCACAUUGCAGGUAUAUUAUAUUGACUGCGGUGCUGUUUUGUGUCCUGGCACUCAUUGCUUGGUAACUGAGUCUUGUUCAUUAGGCACCAAACAGAAGAAAAUGGACUGAAACUGACAUGCUCGUUUUCCCUUGCAAAACUGUUGUUGCAGACGUUAAUAUCACCUUUGUCUUAAAAACCAAAAACUGUUGAUUUUUUUUGUAAAAAGUUGGGGUUUGUAAGUGCAGUUUGAGUCUACUGCUGUAUGGUCUCAUCAUUACAGCGUGUGUGUGUGUGUGUGUAUCUGCACGUAUGCAAUGUGUGCGAUUCCUUCUCUAACCACUGAGCCGAGGUUGAAAGUGAGUGAGAGAGACUGUAAUAAUACCGUCAUGACUAUUCUCUCUGGCUAUACACCAUCGCCAUCAUGUGGUCACAUCUGACCAAUGAGUUUAUCAACAGGAGAAUUGGCAGACCUAACUGAAAGCGGCAGGUAUCCUAGCGGUUAAGAGUGUUGGGCUAGUAUCUGAACGCUCGCUGGUUUGAAUCCCAGAGCUGGGGUGGAAAAAUCUGCCUUUCUGCCCUUGAGCAAGGCAAUAACACCCAACAACAACUGCGCCGUUGACGUCGAUUAAGGCAGCCCCCCGCACAUCUCUGAUUCAGUGGGGUUGGGUAACUGAUUAGGUUUUCCAUUUCUCCAUCCACCCUAAAACAUACCAAAGAAUCCUCGCAUGUGAUUUUGUUCAAACUGUAUUUAUUUGCCAUUGAUCUAUUCUGUUAUCAAUAAAUCAGUUGACAAGUAAAUAAGACAACAUUUAGAGAACAAUGUAUGUAUGUGUUGUUUGCAUCAACUUUAAAAUAUAAAUUCCAGUAUGUAAUUACAGACGUUUCGAUUGGUUCCAUUGUAAAGGGCAAGCUCAAUCAAGCACAGCUGAAAUAUACUUUUUUUCACCCAUG